AUGGAUUUUGUAUACCAACAGGAAGCGGAAGAAGAUUGUUUAAUUAGCUUAGAUUAUAUAUUAGAUAAAUAUGACUUAUAUCGAGAUAAUAUUAUAAACAAUGGUGAGUUAAGAAAUUUACUUGAUAAAUUUAUUUUUCAAUACAACAGUAUUGAUGAGUGUGAGAAAAAAUUAUUAGAACUUUUGAGACAUAAUGAAAAAUAUGGUAUGGAUAAAAUAGAAAAAUAUUAUUUAUUUAUUACAAAUAUAAUUAAAGAAAUAUGUCACAUUGAAUUAAUACCUAUAAUAUAUAAUAAGAUAUUACAAGAAAAAGAUAAGAAAGAUAAUUCUUUUAUUGUAAAUAGACAAGAAUUUUUAAAAAAUGAAAAUAAAAAAGAAUCUGAAGAAGAUUAUAAAAUAAUAUCUGGAUCUAUAUAUAAAAAAUAUAUAUUAGUAUUAAUAAAAAUAUUAUAUCAUUCAUAUAAAUUAUCUAAUAAUUAUCAAAAGAAUUUAAUAACAUCUAUAUCGUAUAUAUGUAUAUUAAUGUCUAAAUAUGAUACUAAUAAUUUACCUAAUGAAACAAUACCAGAAUUAAUAUAUAGAAUUUUUUGGAAAUAUUUUUCUCAAAAUUUUAAUAUAAUAAAUGAAACAUUUUUUAGUCUACAUAAUGAUGAAAUUAUUUUAUCCUCCUCUUGUUCGUCUUCCAUUUCUAGUUUAUCAGAUGAUUAUUCAGAUUUAUCGUCAGGAUUUUUAUCCCCUAGUGAAGAUCAUUUAAAAAAAAAUGAUUUAAAAUCGAUAGCACAAAAAAUGGGAAUUUCUUUAGAUUCUGAAAAGGAUGAGAAGGAUGAAAAUAAUUAUGGGGGUAUAUCCAAAGAUACUGGUGAAAAAAAAGUUAGAAGAAGAAGAAGGAGAAGUAAAAAGAAUGUGACAGGAGAUACUAAUAUAACAUGUGAUGAUAAUAAAGGAGAUGUAAUUAAUAAGGAGGAAGGAAUGCCACAGAGUAUGGAACAAUUAAAUAACCCUGAAAGUGGGUUGCAAGAUCAAGGGAAUGUUGUAAAAAAAAGAGGUAAGAGAAGAAAGAGGAGUAUACUAACAGAAGAGAAUAAUAAUAAUAAUAAUAAUAAUAAUAAAGAUAUAAAUGUUAGUAAUAAUAAUAAUGAUGAUAAUCAAAAUAUAAAUAUUAGUAAUAAUAAUAAUAAUGAUGAUAAUCAAAAUAUAAAUAUUAGUAAUAAUAAUAUUGUAUCUUCGUCAAAUAUGAUUGAUAAUGAAAAGAAUAGAAAAGUAAAAGUUGAAUGUGAUAACAAUUUAAAGAAUAAAAAUUGUAGUGUUAACAAUAAUGUUAUAGGUGCCAAGUCAAAUAUUAAUGAAGAAGAUAUAAAAAUAUGUAUGCCUAUUAAAAAUGAUGUAGAGAAAGAUAACCAAAUGAAUACUUCUAAUUUGAUAAAUACAGAGAAUAAAAUAAAAAUAGAAGAAAAUGUAGGUACAUUAUUCAAUAAAUUAGAUAUAAAUGAUGAAAAUGUUUUUUUUGUAAAUAUUAUAUUAAAUAUAUAUAUUAAUUUAUUUAAUAUAAAAAAUAUGGAAAUGUUCUUAUUUUAUCAUGAAAAUGAAAUUACAUAUAAAAAAUUUCUAUUAGAUAAUAUUGAAGUUAUAGUAAAUCAAAUAAAAAAUAUGAUGAAUAAGGUAAAAAAUGAUAUGAGUCCAUGUAUAAUAUAUUUUUUAAAAUUGAUUCUUUUUAUACUCAUAUAUCUUAAUGAUUUAGCUAGAAAAAAUAAAAAGAAAGGUCAAAUGAAUCACAUAAAAAGUAACCCAUAUAAUGAUAUAAAAGGCAGUGAAUGUAUUAACUUAAAAAGUAGUGAUAAGAAUAAUAUAAUAAGGAAUUAUAAAACUAGUAUAACAAGUAACAAUAAUAAUGAUAAUAAUAUGAUAAAUAAUGAUAAUAAUAUGAUAAAUAAUAAUAAUAGUAAUGCUAGAAAAAGUUUUUCUGGCAAAACAAAAAAAGACACUUUAAUAAGUGAAAAGAAUGAUUCCUUUUUUCCAGAUACACAAAAAACAGGUUCUAUUGGAAAAUAUAUUUCUAAUUCUAGUAGCGAAAUGUUAAAAAAAAAUAUAUGUGAUGGAAUAAUUCACAAAGAUUUAUCUAAUGUUAGUAGAAGCAAAGAGAAUUUUACAAAUAGUUAUAACUCAAGUGUUGAAAGUAAAAUAAAUAAAAACGUUUCCUAUAGCAAUGAUACAAUAUCUGUUAAUAGUAGUAUAUUUAAUAGUAAUAUUAUAAAUAAUAAUACAUUUAAAAAGAAGGGUAUUUUAUCUAACCCUAGUAAUAGUAGUUAUUUGAACAAUAGUGAUAUAAACAGUAUAUCAUAUAAUAAGAAUAAUAUGUCAUCAUUUGAUAAUAGUAAUAAUUAUAAUGUAAGUUAUGAAUAUAGUAGUAAUGUUGAUAUAUGUUCUAAUAGUAUAAAUGAUAAUAAUAAUAUUAAUAAUAAUAAUAAUAUGGGGGAAGUGAAUUAUAAUAGAAUAAACAAUGAAGGUUCAUUUCCUAAUAUGGAUAAUAACCAUAUAAUAAGUAAUAGUUAUAAUAUUCAUAAUAAUAGUGAUGAUAAUACUAUAAAUAAUUAUAAUAGUAUUAUGAUGAAAGGUUCUAUGGAUAUAGAUAAUAAGAUAUAUAACUCAAAAAAUAAUAUAAAUAAUAAUUAUAUGAAUAAUAAUGUUAGUACUAUUAAGAAUUAUAAUAAUAUAGCUUAUAAUGAUGUAUCAAAUAAUUUAAGUGUAGGUAAUAAAUAUAAUAGUGAUGAAAAUGAUUUAUAUGUUUUAUAUGAUGAAAAUAAUUAUAUGAAUAAUUUUGACUAUGUAAAAAAUAUAAUUGACAAAAAGAGAAAAGGGGUAUAUUAUGUAAUAGUUGAAACUAUAAAUAAUUUAUAUAAUAAAACAUUUCUAGAAAUAUUAGAUAAUUUAUUAAAAUGUGUUGAAAUUUCUUUUAAUGAUGAAAAUGUUGUAAUAGUAAAUAAAAUAUUUUCUUAUAUGUUAGAAAAUAUAAAUUAUUGUAACGAAAUAAAUAAAUACAAAAUAUAUAUGUUUAUAUUAAGUAAAAUUGAUAAAUUUAUUAAAAUAAAACGUUAUAAUGAAGAUAAAAAUUCUACAUUAAAUAAUUAUAAUUGUUAUUUUUUAUUACACCUCAUACUUAAUAUAUUUAAAACAUCAAGGAAAGAAAGAAAUAUUUGGGCUUUAUUAUUUGAAGUACAUUUAAGUAAAACUAAGAGAAAAAAAUCAACAAAAAGAAAUAACUCAAGUAUUAAUAUGUUAAAAAUGAAUGUAAAUAAUAAUAUGAUGAUAAACAAACAAGUUAUUGGUAAUAAUAAUAUGUUUAUAAAUACUAAUGAUAUAGACACAAAAAGUAAUAACACAUCUUAUAAUAAUAGUAGUAAUGUGAUAAAUAAAGAUUUAAGAGAUAAUGUUUCAAAUAUGAAUAGUUUAAAAAAUAAUAAGAAUGAAAAUGAAAAUAAUAAUAUGCAUUUAUCUUCUGAAAAUAAUAAUAUGCAUUUAUCUUCUGAAAAUAAUAAUAUGCAUUUAUCUUCAUUUAUAAAAAAUAAUAAUAAAAAAUUGAAAAUUGUAAAAAGUGAAGAUAUAACUACUUAUAAUAAAAAAAAAUUACAAGAUAUAGAUACGAAUUUAUAUGAUGGAAAAAACUUUAUAUUAAAUAAUAUUAUAAAUUUUUUAUUAGAAUGUUGUAUAAGUAAUGGUUGUAUUAUUAGAUAUAUGAGUUUACGAGUUUUUUAUAAAAUGACCAAGUUAUUUAUUUUAUAUAUAAAAAGUAAGAAAUUAGAAUAUGAAGAAUUAAUAUUAAAAAAUUAUUUAAUAAAAUCUGUUUAUCAGAAUUUUUUUGUGUGUAUAUUUAAUUUUUUAAAAGAGCCAGAUACUAAUAUAUAUGUGUAUAUUAAAUUACGAAAUUUAUGUAUCAAUUUGUUAUAUAUAUGUAGUAAAUUAAUGUCAUCAAAUUUUCUGAAUGAUUUUUAUGAAAGGGUAAUAUGUUUUAAUUUGCAUUCGGUUGAUAGAUUUUAUAAAGCAGUAGAAGAAAACACACCAAAGAGUAAUAAUAAUAGUAAUAAUAUUAACAUUAGUAAUAUGAAUAUUUGUAAUAAUAGUAGUAAUUAUUUGGAAAAAAAAAUGGAAAAAGACAAUCAAGGAGAUAUAGAUAAAGAAGAUAAUAAAAAUAUGGAAGAAAAUAUUCCAUGUGAUAAUCAUAAUCAUUUGAAAAGUUCUUAUUGUUUAUUCAUAAAGAAUUCUAAAGAUCUGUAUUUAUUUACAUUAAUGAUAAUAUAUAAAAAAUAUCGUUGCAUUGAAAAUUUUAAAAUAUUGAAAAAGAUUCUUAAAUUAUCAACUGAAGAGAUUAAUAUAAUAAUGAAGAAUUUAAUAAUUUCUGCGCAACAUAAUAAUAGUAACAAUAAUAAUAAUAAUAAUAGUAACAAUAAUAAUAAUAGUAACAAUAAUAAUAAUAAUAAUUGUAAUAAAGAUGGGUGUGUUGUUCGAACUAGAAGAAAAGAAAUUAAUAAGGUUGAUAAGUUAUAUAUAAAGAAUAUAAAUAUUGAUGAUUUUAUUCCUAAGGAAUAUUAUAUAAAAUUAAAAAAUAAAGGAGAUGAUAAAAAUAAAGAAAAAAAUGAUUUAAAAGAAAUAGUAUAUAAGAAAUUAUAUUUUAUAAAUAUCUUUUUUUUUAGAGAAUUAAAAACACAUGAUUGUUAUGAUAAUACAUUUGUAUAUUAUAUAUAUAAUUGUAUUUAUUGUUUUUUUCAUAUAUAUAUAAAUAGAUUUGCUUUCUUUAUUAUAUUUAUAAAAACAGAACAUAUGAAUCUUCAUAAUUAUAUAUAUUCAGAUAUAUGUAAUAAUAAAGAAACACAUAAUGAUACAUCAUCUGAUGAUUUUAAAAAUGUUCAAGAAUUUAUUUCUCAAAUGUUAGCAUUAUUAAAAAGCUAUCUCCAUGUUGUUAUAUUAAUUGAAGAUCAUAUAAUUAAAGUUAAUUUAGAAAAUCUAUUAAAAAAAAAAAAAAUAUUAAGAGGAAGAAAUAGAGGUAAGGAUGAACGAGAGAAUGAAGAUAAUAAAAUAUAUCAAGAAGAUGGAAAGAUAUUUCAAUUUAAUAUAAAUAUAAAUACAAAUGAUAAUAAAAAUAAAGGAUUUGAUGAAGGUAAUAAAUUAUGUGAUGAGGAAGAUGAAGAAAUUGAAUUAAAAAAUUUAAGAAACUUUAAAAAAUUAAUAAUUAUAGAAAUACAAAGAUUUUAUUUACUAUUUGUUAAGUUGUUAAAAAUGUUAUUAUUAUUGAAUAGACAAAAUGGAUAUAGUAUAACAUGUUUUGAAUAUUUUUUUUUCAAAUUAAUGAAAUUAAUAGAUAAUGAUCUUAUAGAUAUAUAUACUAAAAGAUAUAUAUUUAAAUUUUUGAAAUAUUUUACAAUUAAAAAAAAAUUCACAGAUAUUGUUAUUACAAAAAUUAACUUUUUAUAUUCUAAAUUAAAAGAUAAAAAGAAAAAAAUAAGUCAUAUGUUAAUAACAAAAGAUAUUAAAAAUAAUCAUCUACUUUAUUCAUAUCUAAACAAAUGGAUAGAAGACAAAUGUAUAGAUGAUGAUUUAUUGAAAUAUAAUGAUGAAUUGUAUUCCAUGUCUAAGUGUGAGUUAAUUAAAAAAGAGAGAGAAAUUGAUGAAGAAGAUGUUGAAAAAAACUUAAAAGAUGGUAUGACACAAAAUCUAAAUGAUAUAAAUGACAAUGGUAAGGUUAAAAGAAGAAGAAGACGAAGAAGACGAUCAUCUGUGGAUGGAAUAACAAACAGAACAUCUAUAGAUGAUAAUGUUCCUAUUAAUGAAAUGAAAUUAGAAUUAAAAGAAGACAAUGUAGAAAAGACGAAUAAUCAAAUAUGUAAUAAUGAAAAGGAAAAGGAUAAUCAUGGAUGUAUACAAUUAAAUGAAAAAGAAAUAAAUAAUAAUCUUAUAAAUGAAAAUAUAAAAAAAGAUGUAGGAACAUCCAAUUUAGAAAAUUUUAAUAUGAAUAAUAAUAUGAACGAUGAAACAAUUUACGAUCAAAAUAAUCAUAAUAAUAAUGAAAGUGUUAUAAUGAAUAAGGAUGAACAAAAACAAAUCAAUCAAAUCAAUAUUAAUAAUAAUAAUAAUAAUAAUAAUAAUGACAAAAAAUUAGAUGUAGAACCAAACAAUGUAUCCAGACGUGGAAAAUAUGAGAGGAGAAAAAGUUCCAAAUUUUUAUUAAAUGAUCAAAAUAAUAAUAUACAACCAAAUGAUGAAAUUCAAAAUAUUCAAGAUGACAACAAUACUAUUAAUAAGAGAAGGAGAAGAACGCGAAAAAGUAAAUUAAAUGAUAAAUCUGGAGAAAAUAAUCCAUUGAAUGAAUCAAUUAAAAAAGAUGUAAAUACAAAUAAUAAUGAUAUUUUAGAAGAAGAAGAUAAAAAAUGUACUUUGUCUGUAUAUGAGAAAAAAGAUACGAAUGAUAUAAUGUGGUUAGAUUCAUAUCUUAAUUUUUAUGUAUAUACAAAUAAGAAUAAAAUAAAUAAUAAUGAUAAUAACAACGACAAUUAUUGUAAUGAUGGAUUUAAUACGAUCGAAUUAUUAAACGAGAAUAAAAAUCAUUAUAUAUCAAAUAUAGGUUUGUGCUGCGAAAAAGUUAUAAAAGAAUUCAGCAAAUUCAAUUUUAAUAAAAAAUAUAAUUUAGAAACAUUUAAAGAAUUAAAAUUAGAAAAACGAUUUUAUGAAAAUAUAGAAUUAUAUUUAUUAAGUAUUUUUGUAUUUGAAAAAAAUAAAAAUAUAUGUGAUAUAUAUUCAUUUAAAGACAAUUAUAAACAUAUAAAAGAUUUAAUAGAAUAUUGUAAAAUGUGUAAUAUAGAAAAAGGAUUAGAAAUAAUUGUAAAAUGCUUAUUUACAUAUUUAAGAGAAAUUAAAUUAGAUAAAAAAAGUUAUGUAUAUAAUAUGAUAAAAUUAUUAACACAUUCAUUCUUAUAUAUACCUUUUAGAAGAUAUACAGCAACUCCUUUUAUAUUUAUAUCUUUUUGUUCUUUAUUUAGAAAUUCAAGUCGUACCUUUAUGAAUAAAAUAAUUAUUCAUAAUUUUCUUACAAUAUGUUAUUCUUAUAUUAUGCUUAUAAAAAAACAACAAGUUGAUUUAAAACGUCAAAUGUUGAUCAAUAAAAAGAAAAAAAGAAACGAAAAAAGAAGCAGUGUAAGUAAUAACCCUGAAUUAGAAAAAACAAAUUUGUUGGAUGAAAAUAUAAAUAUAAAAAUACAACCUAAUGUAACAAAAACGAACAAGGAAGCUGACAAUAAUAAUAAUAAUAAAAUGAAUAAUAAUAAAAUGAAUAAUAAUAUGACUGAUAUAAAAUUUGAAAACAAUUAUUUUAGUAGUUACAAAGGUGAAGAAAAAGUUAAUAACGAUAAGAAGAAAAAGAAAAAUACUAUUAAUGUAAUAACAGAAGAUGUAAUUAAACAAGUGACAAACUGUAUGAAUAAUGAUAAUUUGAUAGAAGAUAAGAAAUUAUUGAAGGGUAAAAAAAGAACUAGUACUGCAACAGAAGGUACACAAAUUGUUAGAAGAAGAAGGAGAAGAAGAAGUAAUAGUAGUACUAAAGAAAUUGAUAUAGAUAUGAAUAAUAAUAUAAUAAAGGGUUUUAAAACAUCACAAAAUGAAGAAAAUGAUUUGAAUUCUAGAAAUAAUAAUAUUCAAAAAGAUAAUAUUACUAAUUUAUUAAAUAACAAAAUGGAAACAUAUAAUAUACAAAAUGAAAAUGGAAUAGGAAUAUAUAAAAAAAAUAAUAAAAAAUAUUUAGAAGAUAAUUUAUUUUUACAUUUAAUUAACUUUUAUAUAAAUUUCUCCUGUUCUGUUUAUUUUCAUUAUUUAACUCACUAUGAAAAAAAUUAUGAUAUAUUGAAGAAUAUAAUAUUUUUAGGUUUAAAUAAAUUGUUGGAAAAGAGAGAGAAUAAGAAGCUCUCUUGUUUUGUUUUGUCCUUAUUAUAUAUUUUAAUAUGUUUAUUAUUAAAGGUUAAAAUAAAAGAAGAGUAUAUAUUAACAUUAAAUAAACAUAAAAGUAAUAGAUGUAGUAUGAAGAAGAAAGAAAGACAUGAAGAAAAUAAUGGAUUUGUAACAAAUAAUAUUACUAAAUUUAAUAUACGUAGUGAUAAUAUACAACCAUCAACGGUAUCAAUAAAUUGUCUUAAUAAUGAUAAUAUGGAAAAUCAGCAAAAUGAUAAUAAUAAUAAUAAUAAUAAUAUCAGUAAUAAUAAUAUCAAUAAUAAUAGUAUCAAUAAUAAUAAUAUCAAUAAUAAUAAUAUCAAUAAUAAUAGUAGUAAUAGUAGUAACAAUAUGAAUAAUAAUGGUUGUAAUAAUUAUCAUUCAAAUAAUGAUGUAAGAAAAUUUUUUGUUAAAUACCUUAUUAAUCUUAUUGACGAAAAUGAAUGUAAAAAUAUUUAUCUUAUUAAUGAUAAGAAAUAUUAUAAAGAUAUAAAUAAAAUAAUACAUAUAAAAAGUGAAGAUACCUUAAAUUAUUUUAAAAGUUAUUUUCCAAAUAAAUUAUAUAAAAACAAAAUGGAUAAAUAUAUAGAGAAGAUAUUUGUUUUAAAUAAAAAAAAGAAAUUAUUUUUUAUGUCAUCAUUUAAUUUAAAAAAGAAUAUAAGAAAGAUUAAUUAUUAUAAUAGUAUAUAUUGUAAUAAAUUUUUAUUUAAUCUUUUUUCAGAACCAAUAUUAUUUGAAAAAGAUAAUAAAUUAUUAAUUAAUACAAAUUUCAAAAGAAAUAUGAAUCAUGAUAAGAAUAUGAUGAGAUAUAAUUUAUUAGAUUAUAUUAUAUAUACAUGUUUUUAUAUAAUUUUUUGUAAAAUAAAAUUAAUUAAAUUAAUGAAAAUAGUAUAUAAAAUUAAUAAAAAUGAUUGUGAAUAUGUACCUAUGAAUACAUAUAUAUAUAAUAAGAAAAAAUAUAGUAUAUGGCAAUUUUAUUUAAGUAUAGAAAUAUUACAUUUAAUUUUUUCAAAUAUUAAAUAUGUUCCAUUUAAUUCUAUCAAAUUAAUAUUAGAUAUAUUUUUAAAUAAAAUAUAUAUAUCUAUAUGUACUCAUGAUAUAAAAGAAAAAAAAAAUUUAAAUAAAUUACAAAAUAUAUUUUAUGAUUUUUUCUGUCAAACAUUUUAUACAUAUCCAGAAACAUUUAUACACUUACCACAUUUUAUUUAUCAGUAUCAAAAAACAUUACAUCUCUUAAAUUUAUUAUCAAACUCAGUCGUUUGUAAAAAAAAAAAACAAACACCAUCUUAUUAUUCGUUAAUUCUAGAAAUUAUGAAAAGCUGUUUCCCAAAAAUUGAUUCAGAUGAUAUUAAUGAAGAAAAUGGAAAAAAAAAAUUAGAGGAGAAACAAGGAAUAGAAAAGUCACAAAGAAUGUUGAGAAGUAACAAGGCAAAUAAAACAUAA